AUGUUCCUUUGCUGGAUCUGGAGCUUGUACUACUUGCCUCAACAUAGCAAUGCUACCAAGCCGUACUCUUUCAUGACCAGUCGCCGUCGGGGAGAUCAGACACCAUAUUCGGUCGCUGUAGCAAUUGACAUGGGAGUAAUGGGCCCUGAAGGCCUAACCACUCAUGUCGGCAAAGGUGCAGACCACCCUUUGAAGCCUGGAGACAACAAUACCAUGCAGUCUCUCCAAGCGCAGGGGGCAAACACGGAUUUCUUAUGGCACCCGAACGACAUUGCCUACGCCGACUAUUGGCUCAAAGAGGAAAUCCAAGGAUUUCUUCCGAAUAUAACCAUUGCCAAUGGAUACAAAGUCUACGAAUCUUUACUGAGCCAAUAUUAUGGUGAAAUGUCCGUCAUCACUUCAAAGAAGCCAUAUAUGGUAGGCCCUGGCAACCACGAGGCCAACUGUGACAACGGUGGUACAAGUGACUCCACGCAUCAUAUCUCUUACAAUGUCUCCAUCUGUAUGCCCGGUCAAACCAAUUUCACCGGCUAUCGUCACCACUUUCGCAUGCCCAGCCAGCAAUCUGGUGGGGUAGGCAAUUUCUGGUAUUCCUUCGACAGCGGUAUGGUUCAUUACAUUCAAUUCGACACUGAAACUGACCUCGGACACGGUUACAUCGGUCCGGAUGAGGUGGGAGGAAGCGAGGAUGAGGAUAGCGGCCCAUUUAGCACGCUUCGCGACGCCCAGCUCAAAUGGCUUGAGAAGGACUUGAGCUCUGUGGAUCGAACCAAGACCCCAUGGAUUAUUGCUGCCGGUCACCGUCCCUGGUACAUCAGCGCGAAAAAUGAGAGCGGCACCGUCUGCGAGGACUGCCGGAAGGUUUUUGAGCCGAUCUUUCUGAAACAUGGUGUUGACCUCGUGGUGUCUGGCCACACGCACUUAUACGAGCGAAAUGCACCAAUCCAAAUCUUCAAUGCUGACCCUAACGGCUUGAACAACCCCAGCGCCCCAUGGUAUAUUACUAACGGUGCUGCUGGUCACUAUGAUGGACUCGAUUCCUUGACCUAUCCUCUCCAGCCUUACUCGCGUGCAGCACAACACUCGGCAUAUGGUUGGAGCAAGCUCACUUUCCACAACUGCACUCACUUCACCCAUGACUUUAUCAGCAGUUCCAACGGAACCGUGCUUGAUACUGCUACUCUUUUCAAAAGGCGAGAAUGUGGCGCAAAGCCUUAG